CACAAUUUAGCCGUCGGCCCUAGUCCGACAGCGGAGCUCAUUGUCCAUACAUAUGUCAGCAGCAGACUUGAAGACACCAACUAGACCAAUGAGAACUACAAAUUACCUUUGCUAACAGAAUAUGACUAACCUCUCAAGUGUCACCGUGAUCCUCCCCUCAGUACAUAUAUAUGUACCGUACUAUAUCAUCGACAUUCUACACGCCGCCAGCAACCCAUCCGAGCUGCACUCCAACUAAGCACAACAACCCUCUAUCACCAACAACAUGUCCGAAUUAGGCAAUGCCGAGUACACGCUCUACUCCUCGCCCUUCUCCCUCUACUCCAUGAUGGCGCGACACACCGCUCUCCUCGGGCCUACAACCCACGGCGCGAAGCCACCAAAAAGCAUCACGCUUCACUUCAUCAACCACCGCGACGACGAGAAUCUCAGCGAGGCCUACCUCAAAGUAAACCCCAAGGGCCAGGUACCCGCCAUGACCGGCAACGUCCUUGCGCAUCCACUUACCGACAGCCACUCCAUCUCGCUCCACCUCGCCGAGAACCACUACCCGGCUAUGCUGCCGCCCCAACAUGCCGCUGUCAUCAGGGACCUUCUUGCGCGCUUCCAUGCCAUCCCCGGCUUGGCUCUCAGCAACAAGAACCCCACCCCGCAGAUGAUACAGUAUAACCCGUCCCCCGUCGACGAUAUCCUCAAGCGGACAGAUAUCAGCCCCGAGUACCGCAAGCUCCUUGAGGCCAAGCUCGAAUUUCACAACAAGAUCAACGGCGUAGCUUUCAAGCCGGCCAACGUCGCCAAAGCACGCGCAGAGCUGCAGGCCAUUCUCGCCGAGGUCGUAGAGCAGCGUAGGCAGAGCGGUGCGUCGGAGAGCGAGGGGGAAUGGACGUUUGGCAGCAAGGUAGGCCCAACUGUGCUGGACAGCCAUCUGAUUCCGGUCGUACUGCGCUGUGUUGAGGUCGAUAAUAGCGAGCUUGUGCCCCAGGAACUGCAGCGAUGGGCGGAUGUUGUCAAGGCUACGAGUCCUGUGUGGCAGAAGGUGCUGCAGGGUAGGCCAACGAGGUAUGAUCCUUCGAUGGGCCCGCUCGUGGCGGAUAUGCAGUCACUGUGAGCUAUACAAGACAAGACGUCAGCCUGGGCUGUAGGGUGGAUGCAAUGUCUCGAUGUGGGAAGCGCCGUAGACAAUUCAGAGCUGGCUGUAGUCCUAACGAUGGAUAUAAAUUGAUUGGUAUAAUAUUAUAUCUUAUACUAAAAUUGAAAACAUAUUUAGCUAUGGUAUAAAUGUGAGGCAUUUUAUUAUCACAUUCCUUAAAAUAGCGUCAUAGAACA